AUGGAUAUGGACAUGUCCAUGACAAUGAGCUCCACCGCAACCGCAUCUUCCGCCAUGAGCUCCAGUACCUCCAUGAGCGGGGACAUGGGAGGCAUGGACAUGGGCGGAAUGGACAUGGACAUGGGCACCGGCUCGUGCAAGGUCUCGAUGCUCUGGAACUGGAAUACCAUCGAUGCGUGCUUCCUCGCUAAAUCAUGGCACAUCACCUCGCGCGGGAUGUUCGCGGGCUCGUGUAUCGGAGUUAUCUGCCUCGUGCUGAUCCUCGAGUUCCUACGACGAGUCGGCAGGGAAUACGAUGCGUUCAUCGUGAAGAGGGCGAGAUUACGCUCCAAAUUCCUCUCCCCUUCUACAGCCGGAGCCGCUGGCGGCGGCAAAUCCUCGCCCUCGUCGUCGAACUCGAACUUGACGUCCGCUCUACACCAACAACAACAAUCUCAGAACCAACAAGAUACAAAAACAACCACACCAAACCCACCUGUCGCAGUCUCAGCGCCAGUCCCGUCAAGAGAUGCAGGAAUAAUCCGCCCAACACUCAUCGAGCAACUGAUCCGCGCGCUGCUGCACAUGCUGCAGUUUGCCGUGGCGUAUUUCAUCAUGUUGCUUGCGAUGUACUUCAACGGGUACAUUAUCAUCUGUAUAUUCAUUGGCGCGUUUCUGGGGGCGUUUAUCUUUUCGUGGGAGCCGUUGGGACUUGCGGAGAAUGAGAAUGAUGCGACUGCUGUGACGGGUUGUUGUGGAUAA